UAGGAUUAAAUGUCAGGAAUUGUGAAAAACUGAGGUUAAAUGUAUUUGGCUAAGGUGUAUGUAAACUUCCGACUUCAACUAAAUAUAGCUGCAAACAAACACAAUCAACAAUCAAUGCUGAACCACAGUUAGACAUCGCAUCGCUUGUGGAGGCCAAAGAAUAGCCAACCAAGGGGGGAAAAACUAUCGCCUCAAAAGCAAAAUCAGCCUUUACACCACUUUGGGCUAUAUUUGGGCAUUAUGGAAACCCAUAACAAACUCCAUGACCCUUUACCAAUUCCAGUCAGAUGACUUAGUGUGACGCACAAAUAUGAGGGGACUUUUUGUCUCUUUUUGAUCAACUGCUGUGAUGAAUGGCUGUGAAUUCCAGCGCCACAAAUCUGCAGGGGAAAGGCCUCUAAUUUAACCAGUCUUAAUCUUUGAUCUGUGGUGCUGUCUGCCUCCCCUAACAUGCCUGUGACCCUCACCUCAUCCCCGUCAAAACCCCCCCCAGCACAGCCCCACUACUGAUAACACUGCUUGGAAUGGGUGCCGUGAACGGAGACGAGUGAUGCGAAUGCACAGACCAGUGGAGAGGGAAGAAUGUGGUCGAGCAAGCAGAGGAUGGGCCCCGCCAAUGAACAUGGUUGUCACUAGUUAAACACAGCCACAAAGUCAUACUUAUUAUGGCUAAACCCAGCCCAUUUCUACAAUUUAGCUUCUUAAAAUCUGAUUUUAAACUUAACCACACUGCUAACCUUAUGCCUAACCAUAACUUUAAAGUUAAGACCAAAAAGCACAUCUUUCUUUUUCAUGAAUUUUUACUGUACAGUAAAGCUGUGUUAUCUAGUGUAAACCAGAUGUUGACGUUGAAAGGCAAUGUAACCUAACAUAGCAGGCGUAAAAAAAAAGAACACCUGAGUGUAGUUCCCGCGUACGGGUUUCAGCAGAAAACGAAGCUAGAUUGUAUUUGCUGUAUCCCUGAAACCGUAUACAUCCAGUUGUUGGCAACUUCUCUCAGACUGAAGGCAAGGUGAUGGUGGUGUAAGGACGAUGGCUGACAAUAAAAAGGUAAGCUCUAUAACCUAACCAGCCAACUAAUCAACUAGGAUUUCAGUAUUUCAAUUGAAUUAGGUAGUUAUUUGGUUUUCUGAUGUUAAAGCAGGCUAGUGAUUAGGCAAGCUAGAUCAGCGCCAGCUAGCUAGGAAGCUAAAGCUAGCUGAUGUUUAACCACAUAUAAAAUGUACCAGUAUCUUUGGUUAACCAAGAGCAUUGUAGCUAGCUAACUAAGUUAACGAGGGGUUGCUAGAGAAGGAGGACUUGGAAGACCAGCCAGACUGUGAGUGAGUGGUGAGAACAGACAGGGAAGGCCCUCCCUAGGGUAGAGGUGAUUGAGAUGGGGUGAGUGGGAGGCAAGAUCAAACUCUGAAAUAAAUAGCCAAUAUUAUAAACCACUAACUGCAUACUUUGAGAGUCUUUGAAAUACACUUCUGAUAACUUUUACACUGUCAGUUUUUAACAAUCUCUCUCUCUAUCCCUCUCUCCAUGCAGGCCCACUGUCUCUAUGUGGUGGGGAAGUUGUUCUCUGCUUCGCUGACAAAGAUAGGAGGUACAGGGGUCCACUCUAUUCCAAGUACCUUGGCUCUCCACUAUGCACAGCACUCUGGAGGCUUCCUGCAGUUGUUCUCAGGUGACGGGUGAGUGCAGAGAACAUACUGUAUGUCUGACAAAGUGGAGUCGGGCUUCUACUUCAUUGGCCAAGUUUAGAUCUGCGAGUCACCUUUGACCUUGAUGUAACUUUCAUCGAAGACUUGGGGUCAUUGGUGUUCCCUAACUCACCUUGUGACUUGCACAACUCAGCACAUAUGUAUCCCUCCACCUUCCUCAGUGGAGUCCCGGCCAGGGGUCUCAAACUCCAAUGUCCGUGUACAUGUUAUGUUGGCGUAGUUACCGGACCAGUGAGAAGAGGCGUUGAUGAUAGUGAUGCGUCCCAGUGUGGUCUCCACAAACAGCCGCUGUGCCAACACCAUGCCUGAUGACGACAACCAGAUGGUAUUCCUCCACCCUGGAUCACUAUAUUUGGUGCUUCCCGGACCAGUUUUUUCGAGGCAGGGAUGGACUACUGUUAGUCUGAGCUUGCCCCGCAGUCCCCAUACACACACAUUAACUCGAUUGUGCUGAUGCCCUACUGUAAGAACCUGGAGAUCUUCACUGGUUCUGGGGUAGGUGACCUGACCACCAACAGUUCCUGGGACACGUUCCAGCGUUACCGCUGUCUGGAGAACAUCCCGAGCGUGGUCAACAGACAUCUGCUGCAACUUCAUAUCUAGCGUGUCAGUUCUGCUGCACCAGGGAGCUAAAGGUGUCCUGAAGCUCAGAAUGAGUGCUGUAGGGGAAAGUGCCCUGGAACCUGCCACGCCAGAGUCCCGCAAGAGGAAGGGCUCACCAUGCGACACCUCAGAGCAGAGUGUGGAGAAGCGGCGGCGGGAGCUGGAGUGUCGUUACAUAGACGAGCUGGCCGAGCUCCUGUCUGCCAACAUGGGCGACAUGGCCAGCCUCAACGUCCAGCCAGACAAGUGCCACAUCCUCAAGAGCACCGUGGACCAGAUCCAGCAGAUCAAACGGCGCGAGCAGGAGAAAGCGGCUUUGGUGUCACCGGAAGACGAGGUGCAGAAGAGUGACAUCUCGUCCAGUAGUCAGGGCAUGGUGGAGAAAGAGGCUCUGGGGCCGCUGCUGCUCGAGGCUCUGGACGGCUUCUUUUUUGUGGUGAACCGCGAGGGCCGGAUGGUGUUUGUGUCGGAGAAUGUGACGGGUUACCUAGGCUACACCCAGGAAGAGCUGAUUACCUCCAGUGUCUACAGCAUCCUCCAUGUGGGAGACCACGGCGAGUUUGUCCGCAACUUGCUGCCCAAGAGCCUCGUGAACGGGGUGCCGUGGCCCCAGGAGCAGGGUCGGAGGAACAGUAACACAUUUAACUGCCGGAUGCUAAAGAGGCCUCCUGAUGAGGUGGACUCCGAGAACCAGGAGGCACGACAGCAGUACGACAUCAUGCAGUGUUUUACUGUCUCCCAGCCCAAAGCCAUGCCGGAAGAGGGAGAUGACCUGCAGAGCUGCCUGAUCUGCAUAGCCUGCCCGAUGCCCCGCCCCCAGCAGCUACCCGCCAUCCGCACUGAGUCCUUUAUCACCAAACAGGACCCCACAGGGAAGAUCAUCUCCAUAGAGACCAGUGCUCUGCGGGCGACGGGGCGACCGGGCUGGGAGGACCUGGUCAGGAAGUGUAUCUACGCCUUCUUCCAGCCGCAAGGCAAAGAACCCUCCCAUGCCAAGAAGCUGCUCCACGAGGUGAUGACCCAUGGCACGGCCAUCAGUCCUCUUUACCGGUUCAACCUGAGCGAUGGGACCCCCCUCAGCGCUCAGACCCGCUGCAAGUUCUGCUGCCCACCUAACCAUGACGUUCAGCCCUUCAUCAUGGGCAUUCACACUAUCGACAGGGAACACAACACUGCUAGCUCUCAGGAAAACACUAACUCCAGCCUUCUACUGACCCAUAGGAGCCCUGCUCCCUCCCACUCCCCUGCCCUCCCCCCGGGCAGCGAGGCCAGCCAAGCCCCAGGCCCCACCUCGGGCCUCCAUCUCAACAACGGCAAAAGUUCCAGGACCACCUCCCCCACCACACCCACCAGCCAUUCAGCAGGGUACCUGACGCCCACCCGGAUGUGUCCUCAGCAGGUCAACAGCCCCUCGCCCCUGGGAAGCCCCCUUACUGCCACCCCUACCUCAUUUAUGUCGCCCAGACCCCCCAGGGCCAGUCCGGGGCUGGGCGGCAGCCCGCGUGUCCCAGGGAACCCCUUCUCCCCUUCCACCCCUGGCCUGCACUCUCCGGCACCGUCCCUGGGAGGUGGAGCUGGUGGCGGGGGAAGUGGAAUCCUCAGCCGGCACCACUCUGGUGGGGACGGUGGAGCAGGGACCCCCCUGAGUUUCUCUCUGCCCUCCCCUUUACCUCAGAGGCAGGCCAGCACCCCCACCAGCUCCCCAGCACGCCCUCCCCCCGCCAAGCCCCCCGAGGGAGGAGGAGGAGGUGGGGGCGGAGAGGACCUGGCUAAAGGAAAAUUGGGGGGGAACUCCAAACUCAACCAGCCCCUGGACAACGGUGGCGUGGGGGCGCCUAGGGACCCCAAAAACACAUCUACCAAACCCACCUCCACCCCUCAGUGCCCGGCCUCCCACAGCACGCUGACGGAGCGCCACAAGAUCCUCCACCGCCUCCUGCAGGACAGCAGCCCGGCUGAGGGCAGCAACGGCAAGGAGUCUGAAAUCAAGAAGGAGCCUCCUGCCAGCCCUGCCACCGCCAACCCCAACGGACCCCCCAGCACCCCUCAGGACCACCAGCUGCUGCGCUUCCUCCUGGACACAGAUGAGAAGGACCUGGGCGACCUGCCCCCUCCGGCCGCUCUCAGCCUGCAGACGGUCCGGGUCAAGACUGAGAAGAGGGCCAGCGGGGACACUAGCCCCAAGCCCAAACCGAGCCCUGCAGACAGCAGGCCGUCCAGAGACCCGUUCCCCAGUGGAUCUGCUGACCUGGACCCUCUCAGCCAGCUGCUGCCCACCCUCAGGGGCCCUGCAGGGGCCAAGCAGGGCAGCGAGGAGCAGGGUGGUCCCCAGACCCAAGCCCUGUCGUCCCAUAGCCAAACCCAACCUCAACCACAGCUCCAUUCACCUCCACAGCCCCAGAUACAGCCUUGGCUCCAAUCACCUCUUCAAACCAAACCUCAGAACCAUCUCCAGCUUCAGUCCCCUACCCAGCUUCAGUUCCCUACCCAGCUUCAGUCCCCUACCCAGCUUCAGUCCCCUACCCAGCUUCAGUCCCCUACCCAGCUUCAGUCCCCUACCCAGCUUCAGUCCCCACCCAGCUUCAGUCCCCUACCAGCUUCCGUCCCCUAUCAGCUUCAGUCCCCUACCCAGCUUCAGUCCCCUACCCAGCUUCAGUCCCCUACUCAGCUUCAGUCCCCUACCCAGCUUCAGUCCCCUACCCAGCUUCAGUCCCCUACCUUACUCCAGCCCAGUGGGGCCAACAUUGUCAAGGCCGUGACCAUGAAGAGGGAGCCUCCUGGAAGACCAAGCCGAGGGCUCACUGAUGGCUCCAGCCUGCAGAACCAGUCACACUUUGACUUCUGCAGCCCCAGCCAGAGACCGGGACAAGGGGAACUCUUCCAGACACCCAAAGGCAGCAGCCCCUUUAAAGAGCCUGGACUAAUGAACUCAUUCAACUCCAACACCGCGUUGUCUAAGAUAGAGACAGAUUCUCAGCAGUUCCAGACCCUGGCCCUGACUGAGACUCUGUCCUUUGAUGGAGGCGUGGGAAACCCUGUGCAAGCCUCUCUGGCGUCCCCUCAGGAGCAGUGUGUCCCGUGCCCACUGGAUGAGCUGCUGUGCCCCCCCACCACCCCCGAAGGACGUAACGACGAGAAGGCCCUCCUGGACCAGCUGGUGUCCUUCCUGAGUGGCACAGAUGAGAGCGAGUUGGCUGAGCUGGACCGAGCCCUGGGCAUCGACAAGCUGGUGAAGGGCGGCUGCUUCGACCCCGUCCCUCAACGGUUCCCCUCCCAGCCUCCUGCCACCACCCCCAUCUCCAUGGACCCCAAGCUGCCCGGCUACCCCUCUCAGUUCAACCCUGGCCCCCCUGCCCAGUUCCCUCCAGAGAUAGCAGGGGUGCAGAGUAUGGGGGGCUUCGGUGCACCCAGGGGGGCCUUCCCUGGGGGCAUGAUGCUGAGGCCUGGCAUGGGCAGAGCUGCUGGCAUGACCAACCAGCUCCGGCUGCCUCCCAACCAGCUGAGGUUACAGCUGCAACAGAGGCUGCAGGGCCCACAGCAGCUGCAGAACAGGCUGGCUGCCAUGAGCCCGUUCCCAGGGGAAGCUCACGUUGCCAUGGGGAUGCGUCAGGGAGGGCAGCAGCCUCAGAUGCCCUCUCAGCCUCCUCUGAACGCCCAGAUGCUGGCCCAGAGGCAGCGGGAGCUCUACAGCUUCCAGCACCGCCAGAGACAACUCCUGCAGCAGAAGGUCAUGUUGAUGAGGCAGGGCAUGGGGGGUGGUGGGCCUAUGGGAGCCACCAGGGGACAAAAAGGACCCCAGCCACAGCAACAACAGUUUGGCUACCCUCCAGGCUACAGCCCCAUUCCAGGGAACCCACCCAGCUCCCCCAGCCUAUUCAACCCCAUGGGAGGGACCCAGGACCCUAAGUUGUCGGGCCAGGGCCCUAUGGGCAGCCAGGCAACUAUGAUGGGGGGGAUGCAGGGACAGUUUGGGGGGGCGGUGAACUCUGCGGUGCAGCCUGUGCUCUUCCAGCAGUUUGGAGGACCAGGUAUGGUCCAGCAAGGAGACCCCUCGUUCCCUCCAGAGCUCAGCCCCACCAGUCCCCUGCUGUCCCCUCAGAACUCCACCACCCAGAGUCCUCUGCUCCAGCAGGCCCAGCCUCCUCCUGGGUACCAGUCACCUGACAUGAAGAGUUGGCAGCAAGCUGGCAUGGGCGGAAACAGCUUGUUCAGCCAGUCUGGUCAGACGACGCCCCAGGCCUUUGGGCAACAGGGGGUCUACAACAACAUGAGUAUCACUGUGUCAAUGGCAGGAGGCUCAGGGGCGGUGGGCUCGCUACCUUCCAUUGGACCACCUGUUGGCAUGGGCAACAGUAACCUUGGUGACAUCAACUCCAUGUGUAACGAUCAGGUACAGCAGGUUCAAGUGUUUGCCGACGUCCAGUGUACGGUGAACCUGGUGGGCAGCGACUCCUACCUAAACCAGCCGGGGUCCAUAGGCACCCAGAAGGGCCCCCAGGGGCCUCAGAGCAGCCAGUCCCAGCAGAAGAGCCUCCUCCAGCAGCUCCUCACAGAGUGACUCCUCAGCUCAGCCGCCUGCCAGGAGAGAGGUGCUCCACAGACCACCGACCUCUUCUCUUUCUCACCUUUGGUUUUAGACACCUGCCUGCCGGACUGGUUAGGAGGGCCCUGGGAUGGAGACUGAGGUCCAGGUAAGAGUGUGUCUGACCUGCCAGCCUGCCAGCCAGCCUCAGCCCAUACCGUACCAUAAGGCAGCAGCUAUUGUUCAGCGCUCAUUCCUGGUUACCUACUUUCAACACAAAGUCUGCUUUCUGUUCUGAGAAAGGAAUCAGCUUCCGGUUUUGCCAAGUCGUUGUGGUUGUCAAAAGAGGGUCUGGUUCCUAAUUGCCCGUUCCGUCAGGUCCAUCGCAGCAGUGCAUCUUGGGAAUGCGAUCAACAUGCAGCUGAGCUCAGCUGUGGGUGGUUAACCCGUCGUCUCAACUUUUGCUCUAGCGUGGGGUGGCGUUGUGGGGACAACGUUUGGGAAUGUUAGGUUUUUAACCUCUGCAGUGGGAAGCUCAGUUUCAGCUGGAUCUGUGACUGACUAGCUCUCUCCAUUGCAGUGCCUGAUGGGAGGAAAUUCCCAGCUCUCGUUUUUUUUGUUUCUCUGUUCUGGUCGUCUGCAUCGUCAGGACAACAAGCAGCCGGGAUGGGAUGGGAUGGGAGAUUGCGCUGCUCUGUUCAGUUGGCAACACCAUCUUUCACAUUUUCAAACCACCAGACUGUCAAAGUAACUGUCUGUCUUACACAUUUAUCUCCUCAGCAGCUGUGAAUAUGAGCCAUGUUGGGCUCUCCUUGGCCUAUCAGUAUGGUUUGUCAUGUGUAACCGUGCAGGUGGGUAGUAUUGUACAGCACAGAUGGACAAAAAAUUGGGAUGAGUUCACACUUUCUACUUUCCUUUCAAAAGCGUCAUUUAAUUACUCUAAAAUGCAACUGUCGUUUUUAGCUCAAACUAUACAUUGUGAUUCAAUGCGGUUUUCUUCCGUUUUUUUAUUUGAGAGUAACAUGUCAGUUAUUAUAAUUUUUUAAGGCGAUAUUUGGCAUUAUGAAAAUGUAACUCUGCUAAAUGUGCUCUGUGUUCUGUAAUGUGAAAAAAGAAAAUCUCGGUAUAAGAAUUUGAUUGAUUUUAGAAAUGGCUAGCUCUGCUCUUUUGGCAUCCCUUUGAAUGUUUUAAAUCCCCUCAAAUGUACCUCAAAACGAACAAGAAUGGGUUCUCAAUAUUACACAAUGACAUAAAUAGGUUCUAACUCGUAACCGUAGAACUUCCUCACUCAGAAGUGAUGGAAGUUGAAUGGGGUGUUUUCUUGGAAACACUGUGCUCUCUCUCCUCCAACUCUCUGCCCGUGAUGAUGUCAUUCCACUGGCCACACACUACAGCUCUUUUUGACUGCUCAUGUGACUACUGUUGCCCAGUCAGACACUGUCUAUCAGCGCUAACCUCUGAUAUUUUACUAUACACAUUCAGUCGCAUAGAAAGUCUGGCCAAAAAACACCAUGUUUUAUUUAUGUGGGUAAAAAAAUAACCUAUUAACAAGCAAUAAAGCCGAAAAUGAAGAGAAAGCAACAACAGAAAGAGCAAAGUUCGGCGACGUAAUGAUAAUGAAAAAUCAAGUCUAAUUUGGCUUUUGGCUUCUCUGCUCUAUCCCGGGUAUGUGUAUUUCUCUGCUCUAUCCCGGGUAUGUGUAUUUCUCUGCUCUAUCCCGGGUAUGUGUAUUUCUCUGCUCUAUCCCGGGUAUGUGUAUUUCUCUGCUCUAUCCCGGGUAUGUGUAUUUCUCUGCUCUAUCCCGGGUAUGUGUAUUUCUCUGCUCUAUCCCGGGUAUGUGUAUUUCUCUGCUCUAUCCCGGGUAUGUGUAUUUCUCUGCUCUAUCCCGGGUAUGUGUAUUUCUCUGCUCUAUCCCGGGUAUGUGUAUUUCUCUGCUCUAUCCCGGGUAUGUGUAUUUCUCUGCUCUAUCCCGGGUAUGUGUAUUUCUGACUAACAGAAGGCUUUCUUAAGGGUGUUAUGGUCCAACUAGAUAUCUGACUGUAUAUACAAGGUAUUUUACAAAGUGUGCAACAUUACCCGAGCACAGCUAAUAACCGAGGAGGGUUAGGGAUGAUCAGUUGAAAUAGCAUGCAUGAUCACCAUCCUCCUCCGGAGACCUCAAAUUGAAUGCCAACUACUUUAAUGUGCUAUGAUUUCUGAAUCACGUUGUGUACCGUUUCAAUGGCGUUUGUGUGCCUGUGCUUUAUACCCAAACAGUGGCUCAGGUGUCCUCAGCAUACAACUCAAAUUCAACCUGAAAAUGGCAUCAUUUCGUGUGGUGUUGAUUCAAGUUGACAUGAAAAGCUGGUAGCAGUUCCACUUCGGAAACUCAUUUGUGAAACUGAUACACUGUGAUUGGACAUACCACUUGUUCCUGUCAUUCUAAGACACUUAAAAUGUUGCUUUGCUUUUAGCCUAUUGCAUUUAAUUCAAAACAAUAUAUAUACGAUUAAUAAAUGAGAUAUUUAAGUGUAUCUUUCUUCUGAUAAGGUAAAUGUUUUAUUUUCUAUUUGAAAGGGAUGUGGGUUAACAAUUAGUACUUAUCAAUGUUAAAGCCAUUCCUGAGCCACUGUUUGGUUUAUGUAAAUAAACAUACACUUUACAAAACACACGGAAGCAAGACAAAAUGAACAGAAUGUAUGUGGAAGGAUUUCAUUUGUUUUCAGUAUACAUUUGUACUAUAUAGGGUACCAGCUAACGGUUUCAUACUCCCAGAAGUGUUACAAAAGAUAACUUUUCAUGGAUAUCUUCUUCACAUACUCUCCAGCCUUCGCUCCUCAUUUAGGAACAGGCAUUACUGUAUAGAAAAUGUUAAUAGAACUACGUCAAAUGCAGAAGUUCAUCUGAUCUGUUGAUAUGAACUGUUUAGCAUUUGGGAUAUAAUAUGCCGAAUGCAAAGCACCAUUAGACAACGGUCAUUAACUAACAGACAUUCAUAUAUGCAAGAGCCGCUCAAUGGCAAAGACAGUCCGUUCAGUACAGGUACAAGGUAAAUAUUUGAACUGGUUCUUCAACAUGUAUAUAACAGACAAUGUGAAUAUGUAUUUCUUCAGAAUCAACUAAAUGUAGUGCUCCAAGUUUGUGGUAUUAACUACUCGCUUCCAUUUUAUUAUUAUUUUUAUUAUUAUUUUUUACGUAUAUGACUGUCUGAGUGUGUGUAUGUAUGUGAUUAAUACUGUAUAUCUGGUGUUUAAGAUGGAAACUGAAUAUGUCUGGAUUUGAUUUCUUCUUUUUAUAGAUACCUGCAAGUUUUCCUGUGGGUGUUGUUCUGAUUACUCUUUAUGUGAGAGAAUGGGUUAGCGACUGCUGAAUGUGAUUUUACUGAGAGAGAAGCAGUGUGGACUGGCUUUUGUACGGGUUAAUUUAAAAACAAACAAAAACACACACAAAAAAAAGGCCAUAUUAUUUAAUUUCUCUGUUGUUAAAACGUUUAAACAGAUCUGAGAAAGUGGAACCUUGUAUUCUGAGAAGCAUCGCGGUAGUUAAGUGGGCUUUUGUAGAUCGCCUGAUAUACUUUUAGCGUUUUCAAAAAGUAAUGACCAAAGCUUUAAAGAUGUUUAAUUCAUAUCAUAUGCAAGCCUCAUGCAAUUGGACGAGACAAAAUGUAGCGUUUGUUCACUUUUCUAAAAGGAAAUAGUCUAUACAUACUAGCUCCUCCUUGACCACACUAUUCAUUUGUGGUAGUUUGUGCUUUGCGUGUUUGUCCUUUUAUUUCCUUUUCCAAACAAUUUGUCCUAAGACACUGACAAGUGACCUAUCAGAUUUAGUAUUUUUAUCUAACUUCUAUUCUUUGGAAUAUCCCAAAGUAUGAUCAGUUAGAAACUUCCUCUCCUUGUUGCCGUUGACUCCUGGCAAAGACGCAAAAAGACAUGUAGGGCCUGACAUGCUGUCACUGUUUACAGGAAGAGAGAAACUUGCAACAGCUAGCUAUGCACCUUAACAAAAAGCUUUUUUUUAACACUGAUUUAGGUAUUCAACGCAAACUAGAAUUUGAAUCAAGGAUUUAAAUCAAGGUAUUUUAGUUUAUUGAAAGAAGAAGUGAAACCUAGUGAACCAAUUAUUAUUUCAUUUUUUUACUAAACUAGCAUUAGUGAUAGUUGUCUGAACUUGUGGGUCUGCUCUAUCAACUGAAUCUCACAGAUUAAGAUUAUUCAAUCAAAUAUUUCAAUUUAUUUAGCUGAAUACUUUAUACCAAAUUUGAGGUGCUUCUUGUAUAUACAGUAUUUUCUGCAUAGAGGACUGCUCCUCGCUGUUUGAUGAUAAUGUUAAUGAGGAUUUUCUUAUCUUUACAUUUAUAAAACAAGUUUGCUGCAUUUUACAUUACUUUUGUACAAGAAAUCUAAAUAUUCCAGGAAUUUGCAAGAAAUACAAUCUACUUUUGCACUUUAUCUCAGAAUUAUUUAGAGGAAACAGGCCAUCAUAAAUACUACUCGUGUUCACAUUAGAUUACUAUUUAAUCAUCCUAAAUCUCCUAAAUCACAGGAGGUUGGUGGCACCUUCAUUGGGGAGGACGGGCUCGUGGUAAUGGCCAAAGCGGAAUAGGUGUAAUGGUAUCAAAUACAUCGAACACGUGGUUUUCAUAUGUUUGAAGCCAUUCCUUUUGCUCUGUUCCAGACAUUAUUAUGAGCUCUCCUCCCCUCAGCAGCCCCCUGUGCCCUAAAUAUAAUAGAAAGUAAAAUAUAGAUUUCUCAGGUUCUUAAGAACUUGGUUGCAGAGCCCAUCAAUAUGAUUACAAAAGAGAAGUGUACAUUCUCUACUACUACUCUUAGUAGUUUCACAUAUGAUCCUCCUCUCUGCCACAGAGCCUCAAUCUAAACUAUGCCUUUCUUCUUCAGGUGAUCCACUGCCCCUCUCCCCUUGGCCAUUAGUUAACUAACGCGCUUAUACUCAUACGUCCUGUCCUGUGUAACCGAUGUGAAAUGGCUAGCUAGUUAGCGGUGGUGCGCGCUAAUAGCGUUUCAAUCGGGUGACGUCACUCGCUCUGAGACCUUGAAGUAGUGUAGUUGGGCGCGAUGGGUAACGAUGCUUCGAGGGUGACUGUUGUCUGUGUGCAGAGGGUCCCUGGUUCGAGCCCAGGUAGGGGCGAGGAGAGGGACGGAAGCUAUACUGCUACAGCAGCUUUAACUGUUCAAAACAUUCCUCCUCAACUCUGCUCUUAGCUACCAGCAAUCAUUGUGCUCUGGUCUAUACUGUAGCAUUUUACAUUUGAGUCAUUUAGCAUAUGCUCUUAUCCAGAGUGACUUACAGUAAGUAGUGAGUUAAUACAUUUUCCUGUACUGGUCCCCUGUGGGAAUCGAACCCCGUUGCAGGCGCCAUGCUCUACCAACUGAGCCCCACGGGACCAGCAGCAGUUCUAUUCUAUAUAUUUCUAGGCUUAGUAAUUCCUACCAAGCAGUAACAGCCCUACAUAUGUGUACUGCUGUCCCCUGCGUCUGUUAUUUUGUCAUUGUCACCACCUUGUAACAUACUGCCUAAUGCAGAAGCAACUAUCAUCCUUGUUAAGAUUAAUGCACUCUACCUUCUACAGGUAUUACUUCUCAACUGUUCCGAGUAUUGGAGCAACUGUUUGCUGAUGAUGUUUGUCAAGUAUUGUAAGUGCUGCAUAAUCGAGACUGAAGUUGGUUGUGGAUGGAGAAAUCAAAAGCUUGUCUCGCCACUUAUAAGGCCAAUGCUUUCUCAUUGAAACGAGGUUCCACUUUUCCCCCUGUAAAAUUAAUAUAAAUAAAUAUAAAUAUAUAUAUUAUACAUUUUACUCAUUUUGUCCAGUUCUGUUUAUUAUACUUGUGAAAAUUUGUUUUUAGACAGGCAUCAGAGCAGCUGUGUGGGUGGGACAAUAUGAAUGAAGUAUCUGGGAGAAUUAUGCAUGUUUUUAUUUCUGUGUCCAGGUGGAAUACCUGGGAUAAAUCCUACCUUUUCUUAGGACGUCGUAGACAAUCAGUCUCAGGCUGGGUCAAGUAGCUACAGGGGGUUCCUGUAGACUGAAAAGCAACGUUUUUGCAUCUACUGAAACAGUCUUAUUUGUCUGUCAAUUUUUUGGGAGGUAUCUAGCUGCUCAGACUGGGAUUAGUUCAAAGUUUACACACACACAACACACACACCUCGUGCGUUCGGUCCCUCUAUUGCUUUUCCAAGGUGAAGAUGCAGACCUUGAAGGAAAUGAUGCUUUGACUAACAAAUCUAUAACAUCCAUGAAUGUGAGAAUGCAACACAUUUGCAAUAAAAACACCAAUUAAAACGGGAUAUGUAA